AUCAUGGUAGUAUCAUCACAGCUCUGGGCUCAUAAAAAUUGAAAUCGUAACAAGAACGUUGCGAGAGAAAAUCAGAAACAUUUACAGUUACAAUUCAGCGUUAGUAUCAGACACAAAAAAUCAUCGUUCCAAUCACACAAUUAUUAAUUCAACACCAACCCGAAGGAAAGAGUUUUCCAGAACGAAAAUUAUUUGUGAAUUAACGAAGUUCAGUCUGAUGAUAUAUAUUAAUGUGCUUGACCGGCUACGAACCUACGAAUAAAUUCGUAAAAUUCGUCAGAUCAUUUUCCAAUCGAAGAGAUUUUCUAUUUUGCUUUCUAUUCAGCCACUUAUCUCGAUAAAAUACUUGUGGAUGUACGCGAUAAAGAUUGACUUCUGUCUGUGAAACUAAUAAAUGCGCCAACAUUGUUAUUUAACUGAUAGUAUAUCGUUUUUGCCUACGUAAUUUCGAUAAGCAACAGACCAUGGUAAAAACACACAUCAAGUUAUUUAUUCACAGCGGGCAUUCUAAAUCACGUUCCUCCGUGUGGUAAGCGUUAAAAAAUAUUCGCGUGCUAAAAAUAAUAAUCAAAAUAAUGGAGUUCGAGCGACCGAAAGGCUUGCAAGGUCCGAUGGUGUAUUCUACGUUUCAAAUUAAAUCAAAGAAUUCGGAUGAAAUAGAAGGAUUUUUGAUUCAAGAUUUAACGGAAGAUCGAUUCGAUGAAGCUGUGAGAAUAAUUGUAGACAAUCAUGCAAAAGGUGCCGUGCUUCAUAAAGCAGCGAAAACGCUAUCAAGUGAAUGCGGACUGCGUCGGGUUAAUCAAAUGUAUCUGAAUGUGUUUAAAGAGAAAAUUUCUUUGGUUUGUUUAAAAAUUGAUACAAUGGAAAUCGUUGGAGUAAAUGCAUUAACUUACAGAGACAGUGAGGCAUCGAAUGAUCCCAACUUCAAUCAUCUGAGAGACAUUGUGGGUUUUUUGAAUAACGAAUCCAAUGUUUCGGAGCAUUAUGGUGUUCACCGAAUUAUAUUUGCUGUUGGCCUUUGUGUGGUGGACAAAUAUCGUAACCGCGGAAUAGCUACCGAGAUAUUAAAAGCUCGAGCACCGCUUCUGAGAUGUAUUGGUGUGAAGCUAACGUCAACAAUAUUUUCGACAAUUGCCGCACAAAAAGCCGCUAAAGCAGCUGGAUAUGAGGAAAAUUAUUCGAUAAGCUACGAAGAUCUUUGUAAAAAGUUUUUUAAAAUGGACUUUUCUCAUGUGCCUUUGAACGGUUUCUGUAAAGUAAUGUCCUUGAAAGUUUAAUUGACGAGAAUGGGCGAACAAUGCAUCUGAUGUACAAAUUCAAUCGAUUCUUAGAUCAACGGGUAAUAGUACUCUGGUGAAGCUAUAAAAAAAAGCUUUUUCUUAUCUUCUGAUAGGACAUUGUGUUGGUAAUAUUAAAGAAAUAUCUCAAUGUUGAAAGUGUUUA